AUGCUCCGCAAGCAGCUGGCGGCUGCGAUCGGCAAGGAGGUGACACCCGCAGACUUCGCGGCUUAUAUGAGGUUCCACUACCGCAAGCUCUUCCACGAGGCCUUCCUGCCAAAGCCUUUGUGCUUCUCCGUGCGCCGCUCCGAAACGCACAGUCCGGAGGGUACCUUGAGCAUCGAAGAGGAAGUUGUGGGUGCUGGUGGUGACUCAAACAUCAAGAGCCCGAUCGUCACAAUGGUGGCAAGUGCUGCCGAAUCCGCUCCAAUGAGCUUCCCGCUCAGUGCGUCCACGAAUGUUACAUUCGCUGGAGAGCGGCACCUGCAUGCCUGGCUUUCGCACCAGUUCUCCGGAGAGUCUGGCUGCCAGCUGUCGCUGGUUACGCGUGCCAGACAGUUCAGCUCCAUGCUGGUUCUGAUUGGUCGUGUCUCCUCUGCCACAACCUUCGACCCCAAGUAUGCGGCCAUCAUCCAGAACAAGGAUGAGCUGACGAUCCCACUGAAUCUGUCGACGAUUCCGACCCCGAAGGAGUUCAAAGAUGCCAUUGAGUCGCUCUCCCCGGAGCAGCAGGCAUUUGCGAAAGCCUUCCGCGCCAUGCAGCUGGAGUCCACUCUGUUCGGUGUCCUAGUCGUGCAGAUCAAGCCGCAGCUGGAGCAAGUGUUGAAUUUGGCCGAUGACAGCCUGACGAAGGAAAUCAAGCUCACACAGGAUCUGAUGCAGCUGUUCAUCAAGUACCAGAUCCCAAGCGACUUGCUAUCCUUCGAUGCCUCCAGCGGCGAGGCAGAUCUCGUGAACCCCACGGCAGCAGAGCGUCUGGAUCAAGUCAAAGGCCAUGUGCGGGCAAUGCAUGAGAUGAUUGAGAAGGCCAAGCAAGAGGAGAUUCAAGAGAGGCAGCAGGAGGUCUUGUAUCAUGACCCCUUUGCAGACGAGCAGAAGGAGUAUAAGCAGUCCCAUGCCAAAGGCGCCGUCCGGGGCGCAGCCAUGAAAUCCAGGCAAGCCCUGUCCAUCGGCAGCCGCAUGGUACCGCAGUCGGCAAUGGUAGGGGGAAUGGUGGCUGAAGCCUGCGCUGCUCCUGUGCUUUGCUCGAUGCCCGUACCUGCACCACCUCCGGGCGGGGCGCCACCCCCAGCUGCCCCAGCUCCACCGGCUCCAGCGCAGCCCUCGCCGACCCCAACGCAGACCCCGCCCCAUCCGUCACAGGUCGCAGACCAAGCUGGCUCGGUAGGAGCCACUUCAGGCACCAGGGACUACACACAGGUUCCGCUUCAGAUGGAUCAGCAGUUCGAAAAGUUGGACACCGACAACUCCCUCCGCCCGACCAUCAUCAACCCGGCGGACAGGUGGACCAAGCAGUCCCAGAAGGCUCUCCUGGCCAAAGCCGAGACCUCGUAUCUUUCGAAGACAGAGCAAAAGCAGGAGCGGGAGGCCGCCUUUGACCUCCUGGAUGCUCUGACAAAGUCAGGAGCUCUUCCGCUGACCCAUGCAAGUUUGCAUGUGGUAAUCGCGGCCACUCACUGCUUCGACAAGACCGUCACCGAGACUGUCAUCCAGAACAAUGUCAACCCCAUCGCGAAAGUGGAACCAUGGCUUCAACGCUGA